AUGGGCAGAAACAAGCCAGCCAGCAGGCUUCUCUCAAGUGGCCGACCUCCUACCUUCAAGAAAGCAAAGUCCAUCUCUCGGAAAGAAACCAGGACUCUCAUCAACACUCAUCACACUUUACAGAAGAAACGCCAACAGGCACUUGCCCGAAACGACGAAAAGGAAGCGGCAGCGAUAGCCGCAGAAAUCUCUGCCCUCGGCGGCCUUGAAGAGUAUCAACGAGCCAGUCUCCAAGGGCAGAGGGUAGACCGCGGCGGGGACAGCUCCAGAGUCCUUCUGGACUGGUUGCGAUCAGCCAAUCUCCAGCCCUCAAAAGCUACGGGCAGCGGGAAGGACAAGGGCGACGCCCAUCGCCGAUUGCGAAUGCUCGAGGUGGGCGCCCUCAGCACCGACAACGCCUGCUCCAAGAGCGGCCUCUUCGAGAUGGAGCUCAUCGAUCUCAACAGCCAACAGGCGGGCAUUCUUCAGCAGGACUUCAUGGAACGGCCCCUUCCCCAGGGUGACUCGGAGCGUUUUGACAUCAUCUCACUGAGCCUGGUGCUCAACUACGUCCCGGAUCACUCCCUGCGCGGCCAGAUGCUUCUCCGCACGCUGUCGUUUCUCCGCCAGCCCGGCGACGAUCUAUCAGAGAGCGCCCGCGCCCUGUUCCCCUCUUUAUUCGUCGUCCUUCCCCGAAGCUGCAUCGCCAAUUCGCGCUACUUCUCACAGGAUCGGCUGGUUGAGCUGAUGACCCUCUUGGGUUACGUCCAGCUCGAGGGCAAAGUCACGAACAAACUGGCCUACUCCUUCUGGCAAAGAGCGACUGCUCCACGCUCUCCGUUGCCACCAGUUGCCAAGAAGGAGCUGAAUCCGGGCCUGAAUCGAAACAAUUUCACCAUCACUCUCAAGGGCUCAUAA